CCAGUAUGAAUACGACACGAGCAGUUCGGUAAGGCACACGCGACAGAGAGCAACGAAUAUCAUUUGCUUGUUACGGCUCGGGCAAAUCGCACACACACACACAUCUAUUUAGAAUAAAUCGUUUGUAAGUGAUUUCGAUUCAAAUAAAUUAAUAUAUUGUGAUAACAACAUCUAAAUAGAAGUGAAGAGAGAGAGAGAGAGCAAGUUAUGCUAAAAAAUUGUUACGUCCACUAAAGUGUGUUUCGCAUUUGGAUUUACGGAUCAAGGAAUCAUAUUUUUUUCAACACAAAACAAAAUCACAAACCAUAUUACUGCCAGGAAUUUUCCUAUAUUUUUUGCAUAUAAAAUAUAGGACAAACUCAUUCAGGGUAAGAAUGUCAUAAAAUCCAAUACGAUUAAGUAAAAAGCAGACCAAAACUAAUUUAAGCAAUCAUGAGCUUACCGAGCGGAGUUGAUUUGACAAAACCAAAAUACGAUCAAAGCACAUACAUAAAUCGUGCAAAGCAUUUUUUCCUUUUGACCAAUCCACUGAAUUUAUUGGCCAGUGACUCAGACUUGGACGAUGCAAAGCGUAUCAUUUCGGAGUACAAAGCGGGCAAAACAGAGAUUGAUGGAUGCAAAACCGUUGAAGAUCUAUGGCGUGCAAAGUAUUUGUACGAUUCCGCCUUUCAUCCCGAUACCGGUGAAAAGAUGAUUAUUUUCGGCCGAAUGUCAGCUCAAGUGCCAAUGAACACCUUAAUCACUGGAUCAAUGCUUACAUUCUACAAGACAACACCAGCUGUCGUGUUUUGGCAAUGGGUCAAUCAGUCAUUUAACGCGCUAGUGAAUUACACAAAUCGUUCAGGAGCAUCACCCAUUGACACAAAUCAACUGUUGACAUCAUACGUAUGUGCUACGGGAGGUGCUUUGACUACAGCCUUAGGAUUAAAUCGACUUACAAAGAAAAUGAACCCAUUAAUUGGACGACUGGUUCCAGUUGUUGCUGUUGCAGCUGCUAACUGUAUUAACAUUCCAAUGAUGAGAAUUCAAGAGUUGAAAAAUGGAAUCUCCUUGGUUGAUGAUCAGUACAACAGUUUGGACGUUGAAUCAAAGAAGGCUGCUUAUCAAGGGAUUAGCGCUGUAAUUGCGAGUCGUAUCGCAAUGGCGAUGCCUGGCAUGGUUAUAACACCAGUCGUUGUGCAGGCGCUAGCAAAUAAAGGUGUGUUCAAACGGUAUCCAUGGGCAAAUGCUCCAAUUCAGACGGGUCUAGUUGGUUUCAUUUUGAUCUUUGCCACACCAUUGGGAUGCGCAUUCUUCAGCCAAAUGGCAAGCAUCAAGGUCGAUGAGCUAGAACCAGAAGUGAAGACAGUUGUUAAAAAGCAAAGACCAAACCUCGAACUGGCAUGGUACAACAAAGGCUUAUAAAGUGUUUUAAAAUAUCAAAUCACGAAUUCGCUCAAAACAAAAAAACUGUGUACAAUGAAUGCCAGAAUAAACCCCAAAUCACUCUCUACAAAAAAAGCUAUACUUAGUAUGCCAAUAAUAGUUUAUUGCAGAUCUGUUGAUAAAAAAUAUUGUGAAUAAAUGGAUUAUAUCUAAA